CGCGGGGAGGUAGCCGGGCGGGCCACGGGGAGCGCAGGGGCCGCCAUGGCCCGGCGGCGGCGCCGCGCCUGCAUCGCGCUGUUCCUGGUGCUGCUUUUUGCCUUCGGCACGCUCAUGGGUCUGCGCACGCUCAAGGCUCCGGACGGACUGCCGGCGCUGGGCCCGGGCCUGGAGCUGGCGCCCUUUGAGCGACGCCCGGAGGGAGUCCCCGCGCCCGCCGCCCGGGCCCCGGCCGCCCCCGCCGCGCCGCCGCCUCCGCCUCCACCGCCCCGCACUGCCGGCCCGGGCAGCCCCCCGGGCCCGGCCCCCGCGGAGGCCGAGCCCGCCCCCGGGCAGAGUCUGCGCGUCUACUCGGACCUGCACGCCUUCUACUACUCCUGGUACGGGAGUCCGCGGCGCGAAGGCCACUACAUUCACUGGGACCACGUCAUGGUGCCGCACUGGGACCCCAAGAUCUCGGCCAGCUACCCCCGCGGCCGCCAUAGUCCUCCCGACGACUUGGGCUCCAGUUUCUACCCGGAGCUGGGGCCCUACAGUUCUCGGGACCCCGACGUGCUGCGGGAGCACAUGACCCAGCUUAAGGAAGCCGCUAUCGGCGUCCUGGUCCUGUCCUGGUACCCACCUGGCAUGGCUGAUGAUAACGGGGAACCCUCAGAUGACCUGGUGCCCGCCAUUCUCGACACCGCCCAUCAGCACAACAUCCAGGUGGCCUUCCACAUCCAACCCUAUAAGGGCCGGGAUGACGUCACUCUGCACGACAACAUCAAGUACAUCAUUGACACGUAUGGCUCCCAUGGUGCAUUUUACCGCUAUAAGAACAGCAUGGGCAAGAGCCUCCCACUCUUUUAUAUCUACGACUCAUACCUGACAUCCCCUGAGGCCUGGGCUCACCUCCUGACACCCAAUGGGCCCCACUCCAUCCGCAACACCCCCUAUGAUGGGGUCUUCAUAGCCCUGCUGGUGGAGGAGGGCCACACCCACGACAUCCUAGCUGCCGGAUUUGAUGGCAUGUAUACCUACUUUGCCUCCAAUGGUUUCUCCUUCGGCUCCUCCCAUCAGAACUGGAAAGCUGUGAAGAACUUUUGUGAUGCCAACAACCUCAUGUUCAUCCCCAGCGUGGGGCCUGGCUACAUUGACACCAGCAUCCGGCCCUGGAAUAACCACAAUACUCGGAACAGGGUCAAUGGCAAGUACUAUGAGACAGCCCUGCAGGCAGCCCUGACGGUGAGGCCCGAGAUUGUCUCCAUCACCUCCUUCAAUGAGUGGCAUGAGGGCACCCAGAUCGAGAAGGCCAUUCCCAAGAAGACGCCAACACGUCUGUAUUUGGACUACCUGCCUCACCAGCCCAACCUGUACCUGGAGCUGACUCGCCGCUGGGCAGAGCACUUCAUCAAAGAGAAGGAGCAGUGGCUGAUGUGAGGAGCCUGCUGACGGCCACGAGGUGCCAACGUCCUGGCCUCACCAGAAGGUGUCGCUGCGUGGGGCUCAGCUGAGGUCAUGGGCACUCGCCGGUCUCCAAGUCAAUGGUGGGCCGCCUCUGGGUGGGCCGUCAAGCCUGGGCCCACGUGGAACAGAGCUUGUUCCUUGGGCAGGUGGUGCCGGGGUGCUCUGCGGUGACAGGAAACAAGGCAGGGUUCCAGAGGGAACCACAGAGGCUGGCGGGUGACUGGAUUUAGCCCAGGGCAGCUCCAUAUCCUGUCCCGACACUUUAAAAUAGUCCCUCCUCGCUUGGAACUCAGCAGGUUGGUGUGCAGCGGAGCCACCAGGUGACUGCUCUUCGGAGGGGCCAGGGCUCGGGGCUAGCACAUGCCCUGCUUCCUCUUCAGCCUUCCUCCCACAGCACCUGUCUUCUCUAAGUUAGGGAACCGGAUUUGAAGCUUCCCAAAAGGGAAAUUCUAGAUUGACGACCUUCCCGGUAGACUCCUGAACCCAAUGAUCAGGAAAUACCCCUAAGCAUUCAUUCAACACACACUACUUGAGCACCUUACUAUGUGCUAGGCGCUAGGGAGGAACUUGACCUGGAAAGGUCCUUUUUCUUCCAGAAGCUUACAGGAUCCAGCUUUCCUUCUUUGGUGUGGCCUUGUAGCUAGUGCCUGAGCACAGUUUCUUUCUGCAGUUUUACCCAGCGCUGGGAGUUGUUCUUUUUCCUCUAAGAAAAUACCUCUGUGCUCCAGAGCCUCCAUUUCCCCAGAUGACCAUUUAGCUCCAGGGAGAGGACUAGGACCCCCCACCCCCCGCCUCCCUUUAGCUGCCUAAACUGAAUGAGGCCCACUCAGCCGAGCCAUUUUCAGUGCUACUGUGAUUUGUAUCAAUUAAAUACGACGUGGUAUUCUCAA